AUGUUGAGAGCCACCAGGGGAGCAAACGACGGCACCAGGAUCCGGGACGAGACAGGCGGUGCCGCCACGCCGUUCAGCUACGGCUCGGGCCACGUGAACCCGGUGAGGGCCCUAGACCCAGGCCCGGUGUACGACACCACGACGCGCGAUUACCUCAACUUCAUCUGCUCCAUGAGGCCCACCAACACCCAGGGCCUCCUCCCAUUCUCUCUCCCGCUCCCGCUCGACAUAUUUUGGACACUGCCUACUUGUGACAGUAGUACUACAAUGGGCAUCUCCUCCCGCGCCCUUCUGCUGCUCGCCCUCCUGCCGCUCUUCCUCACGCUGCACAUCACGCCGGCGGCCGCCACCACCAAGUUUACAGAGAGAUCCUACUUGCUCAUCGUCAGUGGCCCGCCGGCAUCUUGGUCUGGUCUGCUGGAUCCACUCACCAAACUGUACCAGAUAUUGUAUGUCUUCGAAGCCAUCAACGGGAUCAGGCUGCAGAUCGACGACCGUUUCGUACCAGCUCUCAAACUGCUCCCCGGGGCGCAGGCAGUGAUCGAAGACAGGCUUCACAAGCUCCACACAACGUAUUCCUUUGAGUUCCUGGGGCUGGAGGGAUCAGAUGGCAAGGCAAGUGACUUGUGGGAGAACGUCGCCGAGUUCGGCAAGGGCGUCGUCAUUGGGAACGUUGACUCGGGUGUAUGGCCAACAUCUGAUAGCUUCAGGGCCGACGGCAUGGUCGCCCCGACGAAAUGGCUCGGUGGAUGCGAUGCUUCCGAUGACAUCGACAACGCCGGUUGCAACGGCAAGCUGAUUGGCGCGAGGGUCUUCAGCAAGGGCAUCCAGGCGCAGACCUCCUCCAAGGGUGGCCAGAUGAACCAGACCGUGGUGAACUCGCCGUGGGACUACAUGGGGCACGGCUCACACACGCUGUCCACGGCGGGUGGCGGCUUCGUCCCCGGCGCCAGCGCCUUCGGCCACGGAAUAGGCACGGCCAAGGGCGGCUCGCCGUGGGCGCACGUGGCCUCAUACAAGGCGUGCUACAAUGAGGGCUGCACCAGCCUGGACGUCCUCAAGGCCAUACUCACCGCGGUGGAGGAAGGCGUGGACGUGCUCUCGCUCUCCCUCGGCGAGCCCCGCGCCAUCGACUAUGCUGGAGACGCCAUCGCGAUUGGCACGUCGCUCGCCAUCAGUAAGGGGAUCGUCGUCGUCGCCUCCGCCGGCAACUCGGGGCCACAGCCAGCCACUGUCACCAACGUGGCGCCAUGGAUACUUACGGUCGCUGCGAGCACCAUGGACAGAAUCUUCCAAGUCGAUGUCAUCUUCGGUGCCACUACCAUCCAGGGACAAAGUCUAUCAAACAGCACCCUUGGCAACCAGGAAUAUGAGAUGAUCAGUGGCGAGAAUGCCAAUUUUGAAGAUCAAUCUGCCACCGACUCGGCGAUGUGCUUGCCGGGCUCCCUGGACCCCAGCAAGGUGAGCAACAAGAUAGUUGUGUGCACCAGAGGAGGGGGCACAAUCAGUACAGGGCAGGUGGUGAAGGAGGCCGGCGGCGCCGGCAUGGUCCUCUGUGAAGGCUCCGGCAGCGACAGCAGCAUCAGUGCUGAGCCGCAUGUCAUCCCGGCGGCUCAUUGCUCCUACUCCCAGUGCAGGGAGAUCUUGGACUAUCUCCAGUCCACUACAUCACCGCCGGUGGGUCAGAUCAAAAUUAGGGAGGCGAAGGUGGGCGUGACGCCGUCGCCGAUGAUGGCAGACUUCUCAUCACGCGGGCCCAACACGAUCACUCCCGAGAUCCUCAAGCCUGACAUCACCGCGCCAGGCGUGAGCGUGAUCGCCGCCUACAGCCAAGGUGUCUCGCCAACCGGCCGGUCUUUCGACGACCGCCGUGUCCCUUACACCGUGCAGUCCGGCACCUCCAUGGCGUGCCCUCACGUAGCGGGCGUCGCUGGCCUGCUCAAGGCGACAUACCCAAACUGGAGCCCCGCCAUGAUCAAGUCCGCCAUCAUGACCACCGCAACCACCGGUGCCAAUGAUGGCAGCGGGAUCCGGGACAAGAUGGGCACGGCCGCCACGCCGUUCAACUAUGGGUCGGGCCACGUGAACCCGGUCAGGGCCCUUGACCCGGGCCUGGUGUAUGACACUACGCCGCGGGACUACGCCAACUUCAUCUGCUCACUGAGGCCCACCAGCACCGAGGGCCUGUUGCCGACCUCCCCCCCUCUCCCACUUUCAGACUUGCUCAUCCCUCUACUCCUCGGCGCCGACGCCGACCCCUUUGAGUGUAGCCAGCUGGGCGGGGUCGACGGCCCGGAGAAUCUCAACUACCCGUCCAUCGCCACCACCUGCCUGCCCGUCUCCGGCAGCGUCACUGUGAAGCGCAGGGUGAAGAACGUGGGCGGCGGGGCGCCCACGUACACGGCCAGUGUCACGGAGCCGGGCGGGGUCAGGGUCACGGUGCAGCCCAGCACACUGAGCUUCGGUGGUGAGAUCGCCGAGGAGGAGAAGGACUUCACGGUGAUGCUCGAGGUGCACGACGCUGCCGUGGCCGCUGACUACGUGUUCGGCGGCAUCGAGUGGUCGGACGUGGACGGGGGGCAUCGCGUCUGGAGCCCCAUCGUUGCCACCACCAAGUGCGGCUAGCUUGGACUGCAAUGGAGUGAGACCAAUUUGGACUCGAUCAGUACCUGGAACUGGAACGAGCUUGAGGGGUUGCCUAUUUGGUUUCAUUUUUUUUCUGCCAA